UCCCUCUCCACCCAUUGGCUCUCCGCGCUCUCGACUAGUUUGCUGGGCUGCAGCGACAAGGCAAGGAAGGGGCCGGACUUGGGUGCUGAGCGCCGCCGACUGUGAGCCGCUGGGCGAUAGGAGGAUUGCAGCCGCUCCUCGUAGGAACAAACAGAGGAUGUCAGGAGAAGUGCCCUUGCACAUCAACACCAAGGAGCCGCGAUGGGACCAGAGCACCUUCAUGGGGAGAGCAAAACAUUUCUUCACGGUGACAGAUCCACGCAACCUUCUGCUCUCUAGUGAGACCCUGGAAGAGGCCCGGAGGGUGAUUGAGGAAUACAGGAUGGGGAGGGUCUCUCCAGGCCUGACUGAGGACCAGCUGUGGAGGGCUAAAUACAUCUAUGACUCUGCCUUCCAUCCAGAUACUGGCGAGAAGAUGAUUCUAAUUGGUCGAAUGUCUGCCCAGGUGCCCAUGAACAUGACCAUCACUGGAUGCAUGCUCACCUUCUACAGGACAACACCUGCUGUGUUAUUCUGGCAGUGGGUGAACCAGUCAUUCAACGCCAUUGUGAACUACACUAACCGGAGCGGGGAUGCUCCCAUCUCUGUCAACCAGCUGGGCACUGCCUAUGUCAGUGCUACCACGGGAGCGGUGGUAACGGCCUUGGGACUCAAAUCCCUCACCAAGCAUCUGCCGCCACUCAUUGGACGCUAUGUGCCUUUUGCAGCUGUGGCAGCUGCUAACUGCAUCAACAUACCAUUAAUGAGGCAGAGGGAGCUAAAGUUUGGUAUCCCCAUUACAGACGAGAAUGGGAACCGCCUGGGUGAGUCAAAGAAGGCAGCUCAGCAAGCAAUUGCCCAGGUGGUGGUGUCCCGUAUUGGCAUGGCAGCACCUGCCAUGGCCAUUCCUCCUGUGAUCAUGAAUGCAUUGGAGAAGAGAGCCUUUUUGAAGCGGUACCCCUGGCUGAAUGCUCCUCUGCAGGUUGGACUGGUGGGUCUGUGCUUGGUGUUUGCUACGCCCCUUUGCUGUGCACUCUUCCCACAGAAAAGCUCCAUGGGAGUGAAUCGCCUGGAACCUGAAAUCCAAGCUCUGAUCAAGGAGCAAAAUUCUGACAUCAAGGUUGUCUAUUUUAAUAAAGGACUUUGAGAAAGGCUUUUUCAUACUACCCUGGUUUGGAGCUGAAAGGACAUGAAGAAGAGGAACCAGGGAUCUGGUGCUCCUGAGGAAGAAGUUGCAGUACAAAGUAUAACCCCUUUUAAAUGCUGCUUACUUAUUGGCUGUCGCAUCUUGGCAGGUCCUAUGUGUAUGAUAUAACCAUCCUGGAUUCAGGUGAACUCUAGGGGUAGAUUGUAAUGUGACAAUGUUGCUGUUGCUGUGAUGUCUCUCUGUACUCCUGAACAAAGCAGAAACAUUCCAAUCAUGAUCCAGUUAGGAGUCAGGGCCAGAGGAGUUAAGAGCCCUCAAGUAAACGCAAUCCCUAUGAUAUGCCUAAUUCCACAGUGAUGUGUGUAUGCGAUUGUGUGUGCGUAUCUACAGUCCCCGUGAAAUAAUCCAUUAAGAAUGGCAAUACUGAAAUCAGUUUUGGAAGAAGAGAACCCACAGAACGUCUUGAAUCCCUCCAAAAUAGAUUAAGGUGGGGAUAGCUAACUCAGUAAGGCAGACACCCAAUUGAUUAGAGGGAAGGACAAUGUCCUGCUUAGCUUCGGGAGCAUGCACGGGAGCUGGGGAGGACAGCUUUAAAAUGCUGGGUACGAACUGAGAAGGAUGGCGCUGUCCUGCCCAGCUCUUCUGUCACAGUUGAUUGCUCCCCCGCUCCUCCUACCUAGUUGUUUGCUAACAGAAGUUGAAACAUUGGGGGUGCAUACAGCUCCCAAACCUCUUAACCGUCAUGUAAACUGCCUUAGUAUCAUUUUUGGUUGGAGUUUCUCACAUUCAGUUCUAAAGCAAAUUAUCAUGAAUAAGCAUGAUGUCCGUUUUGCGACAGCAUAAUGGGUUUGUUCCAGCUGCCUUUAUUUUCACAAGCAGAACAUUAGGCAAGAAUCUCUGUAUUCUACUGGUAUUUUAACCCUUUUGCAGCAAACCCUCUUCACCGGCUCACUGGAUGUAUGAGAAUGACAAUAGAAGCAGCUAAGCUCACAGAAGCACUGCAGCUGUAAGAAAGGGUGGAUUCCCACCAUCUGCAUGAUUCCUGCGGUGUGCACACUCUCACAGCAUGUCGUAAGAACACAGACAUUACUGGGAAUCUUGGAUGUGGGGCUGCAGGAAACUAAGAUGAAGCCAAGAUCGUCAACCAAGAUUGGAAUUUAGCUUGAUGAUUUUAGCUUCAUCUUAGUGGUGCAAAUCUGAGAUUCCCGAUAAUUUCCAGGUUCUCAUGACACACCCUGUUAGAGCAUGUGAGCCUCUGGAACCUCAGAUUCCUUUUACACUAACAUCAUUCAGCUUGUGAGAAUGCUCCCUCUGUAUCAGGAUUAACUUCAUAUUGUUUAGUCCUUUUAGUAUGUGGGCUGGUUCUCACAAUCCAUGUAAUGUUAGUUUACUGGGAAUCUGUAUGUUCUUUCCAUAUGUGCACUCCCGUGGAGCAUGUUGCAAAAACCCAGAAAAUGUCAGUGAUCUCAACUUGGCACUACAUCAAACCAUCAUCAAGCCAAGAUUGGUCAUCUUAGAUUUGAACUCGGCUUGAUGAUCUCAGUUUGAUGCAUGGUGGCAGCCUGAGAUUACAGACGUUUUCUAAGUUGAUUACAGACAUUUUCUCAUGUCACAGUCUAUGGGAGCAUGCGUGGGGCAGGAAUCAAGAGAUUCCCAGUAAACUAGCAUUACGUCAGUCAUGAGAACCAGGCCCUGUGUAUUCAGUUAAAUCCGAAACUAGUUUUGAUUUGUUCUGUUGGUGGCAAAACCAAGCAAAUUAAGUUGGCACAAACUAUCUCAGGCUGUUUGCUCUGUUGGCAUCACUGUGUGAAUCCUAGUGAGGUACACUGUGGUCUGGAUUGUGUGGGUUUUAUCUAUGGGAACCUUAAGGUAUUUUUUUUUUAAAUUGUACAAGAGGGGGUUGAGUUAGAUGGUCUCUUUCUUGAUUGUAGGAUAUAAAAGGAAAUAAAAACACAGAUCUAGAAACUAUUUCUCUUAGCUCUACUGGGCAGAUGCCCGGCAGAGGAAAAAGAACAAGCUGUAAGGUGUGGCCAUCUGGCCAUCCUUUAAGUAAGCCAUGAUCGGGACUAAUGUUCCCUGUAACAGGGAUUCCCAGAUAUUGUUGACAACAAUUUCCAACUUCCCAUCACCCUCAGCUGCAGUGGCCUUUGGCUGGGGAUUAUGGGAGUUGUAGUCAACAACAUCUGGGAAUUCCUGUUAUAGGGAACACUGCUCAGGACAUCUUGUUGAUAAGAAGGGCCUUUGCCCCACAAAUCAGUGAAAUUGCCUUUUAAGGGUUUAUGAUGGCUAUCGGGCACUAGAUCUGUGCUCUAAGCCAGAAAUGAAGUCCCACUUGUUAUUUUUAUAAUUAAUGCAACAUAACAAGAAACCCAGGAUUUUUUUAAAAAAUACUCACAGCUAGCCCAGCCUGAGGGACAGAACAAUUAUGCUUUGUCCUGAGAUGGAUUUUAAGAGCUAGGAUCGUACACAGGAAACUUUUAUCUUUGGCUGUUUGUUGAAUUUGAGCUCCGUGGGUUCCCAGACAGAGACUUGUGUCUCCCAGGACUCCAAGGGUCUGUCUGCAGCAGUGCCACUCUGCUGCAGUUUUGUUUUGCAUUUUGUUUUGUAGCGCUUCCUGUUGUUCCUGUGAUGCUCUUUGUGUGUCUCCAGGAUAGCCGCACUUCCAGUUGUUGAAACUCUGCUUUGGGUUUGGGUUAUUUAAAGAGAUCAUGCUAGAUAUGUGCAGGCACCGCUUCACACAAGGAUGUUCCUGCCGGGUUCACCAAGGAGAGGGAGGAGGCCCUUUGGGAUUCAGUAAAGCAGAGGCUCCAAACCUUGGUCCCCAGAUGUUUCUGGAUUACAGCUCCCGUCAUCCCCAGCCAUAAUGGCUGAAGAAGGCCAUGACUGGAGGUGUAGUCCAACAUCUGGGGAGCCAAGUUUGGGAACCGCCUGCAGAAAAGGACAUGGACGUGCAGUUAGUGCAGUAUUUUGUUUAAGGAGGUAGUAACGUUUAUGCUAAGACCCCAGAAGUAGCACACUAAUCAGGACAGCACUUGGAGCAUAGGCGUGAACCUGGCUGAGUUCUGUACAUUAUACUGAGCUUUAAAACAGAUGAAAAUCAGCUGCCCCAAAGAGAUUCCAUAAUCUAUCUCUUGGAAAUCACAGGGUCUCGAGCAGUGUUCUCCCAAAUUUUUUUCAUCGGUGCACUGAAUGAACUUUGUUCUGGGCAGUAGUAUCAAGGUAGUGUGUGCGCACAUGCAUUCAGAAUGGGGCCGCCUUGACUCAGCCUGAGCAGGAUCUGAAAUUAACUGAGCGGACCUUAAAAAACUUGUGUGUGCACACACAGGCACACUCCUUAGAGGGAACAUUGGUCUCAAGCUGUGUAGCAGAGGGGGAUCUAGGGAUGUGUUCGAGCCAAUUUGGUGCCUCCUUUGGGAAGCGCUGAACUGGCUCGGACACCUGCAGAAGAAUCGGUUUGGCGGGGCGGGGAGAGGAUCCCUUGAGGAGGUAAGCAGGCCCUUACCUGUUCUGCUGCUGCCUCGCUGCUUUUCCGGGUGCGGCACUCGCUCUAGCAAAGGCCUGCAUGUCCAGCAUCAGCACACAUGUGGUUAUUUGCUUGGUCAGUAUGGGGUUGCUGACCAUGCAAAUGGUUGCCGUGCCUGCACGGCAGCUAUGUGUGUGCCAACACCAUGCACGGAAGCUGCAGGGAACAGCACCACAGCCGUGCAUGGCCUUUACUAGAGUCAGCGCCGUGCCUGGAAAAGUGGCGGGGUGGCAGCAGAGCAGAUAAGGACCUGCUUACCUCCUUCUUAAAGGAAUCACGCCCCACCUGCGCCUGCAUGAACGGCUCGUGCACAUCCCUAGAGGGAACAGAUACCUACCUACCUCAGUAGAGGGCUUGUUCCCUUGUCUUCUGCAUAGCUCUUUCACCUCAACUAUAGCAUCAUUUCAUAAUUUGCAUCCUAGGGCAACAUGACUUUUUCCUAAAAAUAAAGUGGUUCGGGGGCAUGGGACAAGAGAGGGCCAUGCAAAUUGAGAUUCACUUCCUGCCAUUUCAGCAUGUUUCUCUGUCUUCAUUAAGCUUAUUCUUCAUUGAACUUGGGGUGAGUGAUGGUCUCCUCUUCCAAAAUGAAAGAUAAAUCUGUUUUACUUACUACCUCCCCUCUGCUGAUCUUCACCAAUACCCAUGUUUCUCAGCACAAGAGAACAUUUGCUUGGGCAAACUUGUGCAAUAAAUGUGGUGUCUUGCAUCCAUGUAGACAAUACACCACACCACACAAUCCAUGUAGACAAUGCACCACACCAUGUAGACAAUGCACCACACCACACCAGCAAAAAUGGCAAUAUUUGGUGCACUUGGCUGUGGCUGAGGAUUAAGAACAUAAGAUAAGAACAGCCCUGCUGGAUCAGGUCCAAGGCCCAUCUAGUCCAGCAUGCUGUUUCACACAGUGGCCCACCAGAUGCCUCUGAGCCCAUAGGCAAGAGGUGAGGGCACGCCCUCUCUCCUGCUGUUGCUCCCCUGCAACUGAUGUUUAGAGGCAUCUUGCCUCUGAGGCUGGUGGUGGCCUAUAGCCACCAGACUAGUAGCCAUUGAUAGACUUAUACUCCAUGAAUUUGUCUAAGCCCCUUUUAAAGUCAUCCAGGCUGGUGGCCAUCACCACAUCCCAUGACAGAGAAUUCCAUAUAGACUGAUGAUGUGCGAUGUGAAAAAGUGCUUCCUUUCGUUGGUCCUAAUUUCCUGACCUUCAAUUUCAUGGUUCUAGUGUUGUGAGAGAGGGAGAAAAAAUUCUCUCUGUCCACUCUCUUUAGUCCAUGCAUGAUUUUAUACACCUCUAUCAUGUCUCCCUGUAGUCACCUCUUUUCCAAACUAAAGAGCCCCAGAUGCUGUAGCCUUGCCUUAUUAGGAAGCUGCUCUAGGCCUCUGAGCAUCUUGGUUGCCCUCUUCUGCUCCUUCUUAAGAUAAGGUGACCAGAACUGUACGCAGUACUCCAAAUAUGGCUUCAUCAUAGAUUUGUAUAAGGUCAUUAUAACAUUAGCAUUUUUAUUUUCAAUCCCCUUCCUAAUGAUCGCUAGCAUGGAAUUGGCCUUUUUCACAGCUGCCACACACUGAGUUUACCCUUUUAACAAGCUGUCCACCACAACCUGAAGAUCUUUUUCCUGAUCAAUUACUAACAGCUCAGACCCCAUAAAUGUAUAUGUGAAUUUGGGUGUGGUUUUUUUGCCCCAAUAUGCAUCACUUUACACUUGCUUACAUUGAUUGGUACACAUCAGUCAGAUUAUGCUUUGCUGUAGUGAUUGAGACAACUCUUCAGUGGCUGUACAUGCAAAGGCAUGUUGACCUGGGAACUCCUGGGUUGCUGGUGUGAUGCUCUGCUGCUACUCAGGACUUGGAACCCACUAAAGGAUGCAAGAUGUUGUCAGAAGGGUGUUCACAAUAUUUCCCUGCAUUGAUUAUGGCCUCUGCAUUGUAAUUCCUCAAUUCCUCCAUCUGCUAUUUAGAGUGCCAUGUAGUCAGUGGGAUCUGCAGACUUGCCAUGUGGCAGGCAGUGAUCAGAUGCACUGAAUCAGUGCAUCUAUAUCCCAAUAGAAUCUUUGGGCGGAUAUGCCCCAGAAUACCACUUGAAUGCUUUGAAAAAUUAAAGGCAAAAAUUUAGAAGAAGAGAAUCACUUUCGAUGAUGGCUUGAUGAGAUCUAGUACUCUGCAGCUAUAAUAAUAAUAAUCCAUAUUCCAACCCAUGCUAUUUUAUAUUCUGCACAACUUCACAUCAAAUAUUAAGUAAACUUUAGACCAUGUAGUUGAUGGUAAUUUUUGUCAUUGACUUCCUUCACCAACAGCAGGAUCCAAAGGAAUUAUUGAACUUGGGCACCAUAAAAGGAAAAAAAAAAAUCUAGAGGAAUGGAUGUGUGUGCUGCUGCUGCUGCAGCAUUCUCUUUGCUUGCAAAGUAGGGUAGGAAUGCAACUGGCCAGUCCUGCAUUCCCACAGGGUGGCUGAAGGUCAGCAGUUUAAUCCAAUUUUCUGUUCUUUUCAUCCCUGGAGCAAAUAAUUUAUUUUAAUCUGAGCAAAACAGCCUGGUUUGUUUGUUUGGUCCCCUAUAAAUGUCAUCUUUGCUGGAGGCUCAGAGUUCUGUCAGGGGUUGCUAUGUGCUCUUUAUCAUGUUUACUCUUAACGUGACCUCAUCCAACUCUUUUAAACUUAUGAUGGAUUGUCUGAGUUUGUUCCUUUUACUGUGUUGGGUUAUGUUUGAGGCUUAUUUUACCAAACUUAAAACAAUGUUUCCAAGCAGGAAUCCACACAGAUUCCAUUCAUACCUCCUGUGUAGCUUUAAAUAAGGCAACUAUUUCCAAAUAAAGAGUAUAAUCUGUCUCUUGCA